AUGAGCAAAAUGGCUGAUGAUGACCCGUGGCUACUGAAGGAAGACGGUUGCUUAAACGUGGAUACUGAGUGCAAAAGUAUUAUCUAUCACGCAAAUUUAAAUGUUCUACUCAUCACCACUGGCAGUACACAAGUAUACGUAUUCGAUGUCAAUUCCGGCGUAAUCCUGCAAAGAAGUACUUUGUCCGGCAAAUCAAAUGGAAAACUGCAAGGACUAUAUCUACCAAAUGGAAUAGACAAAGUGCUGUAUACAGAUGGACGGGGGAUUGGUAUACGCAGUGAUUAUAAUGGAGUUCUUUUGUUAGAUACUAUUUUGCAAACUCCAGUGUCUAAGAGUGAUGAUGUUGUAAAGUUGGAACUACUUUUGUCGGAAGCUGCGUUAUUACUGCAAUGUCUUCAGUGUGUAGAAUUGCCAGGAGUAGAGCAUUUAUUGGAGGUAUUGCAAGAACUUUCGAGUAAAAUUGUUGCUGCACAGACGAAUCAGAAGAAAGGUAUUAAAGCUCAAAAAUGGAAUACGAUUUGUUUGGAAUUGCCGCAUGGAUCUUUGAAGCUCGUAUGCUCCAGCUUAGUGAUGGAAUUAAAGAGGCAAAAUCGGCAUAUACCAGCAUUGCCAAUUGCCUCUGCGAUUAAUGAACGACUGAAUGGCCUACUACCUGGCCUUGCGUUAGAAGGUGGUCCCGCUGAUAGAGCGCUAAUGUUUAGCGAAGCGGCACGUCGUGAUACUUUUCCAAAAUGGCCACAUAUGAAUUACAAAUGGGCUUUACCUGACCAAAUGGCGCAGGCUGGUUUUUAUCACGAGCCAAAUGCUACUGGUGACGACAGAGCGAUGUGUUUCACUUGUAACGUUUGCCUCGUGUGUUGGGAGCCCACGGACGAACCGUGGUCGGAACAUGAGAGGCACUCGCCAGCGUGUCCGUUCGUUAAGGGUGAAUAUACGCAGAAUGUUCCACUGUCCGUUACCCUUGCGACUGCCCCCGCUCGCGAAGUGGGCGAUACGGUGGACAUCAUAGGUACUACAAAUGUCACGGGCCUUGCGGCUACAGCCUCUUCCAACGGUUUUAUAAAUAUCUGGAAUAUAACGAAUCAGUUGAAGAGAGAAGUAUCAUUUUAUAUAUCUCUCUCAGAUCAAGAGGUGAACAAUAAAGAAUCGAUACAGUUCUGCGCUACGAGAAAUAUGACUACUUCAUAUUUAACGAAUCUAAGCUCGGACACUGCUCCGCUCUCGGAAUACAAAUCUUCGUCCUUUUAUAAAGUACAGAUUACGGCUCUCUCGGUAGUAGGAUCUCCGAUAUCCCCGAAGGAGGAAGUGAAAAGCACCACUAGUUCCACAACGUCGUCUAUAAGUACCGAGGCGUCGGACUAUAAAAUACGACCGUGCUUAGUGUGCGGAGUUACAGUGACAGUUAAUAAUCCUUCGCAAUUAAGGACCUUAGAGAAUGUGUGGGCCACAUCGACCGAUCUGGCGAGUUCAUCUUCGCUUGUUCGCGCGAUGAACAGUGUAAAUAGUGCCGCUAGUGAUACUCUAGACAUAAUGAAGGUAGCUGGUGAUAGGUGCAUACCAUCAAGAUUGCAUUACUUAGUAUUGUACGACUUUCAUCAUAAAACCGCGACGGCACAACCCAUCAAGGAAGACAACUCGAAAGAGUCCAAGACGAAGAAGACUCUAUCUGGUACGGGAACCAGCGCCAGUUCGAACGGAGGUCGCCAAGAAAGUUUGUAUCAGGAGCUCUUCCUGGGUAAAUUUUUAUAUGAAGUGCCAGUUAUCGAAGACGUAGACUCGGAAAUGGUAGUCGGCCCGCAUUACGACGGUAUCUUUCCAACCAUCGAUUUAACUGCCUCGUCUUCUAACGGCAUUUACUCCACUCCCAUUGGCAUUACCGCGCCGACUACAUCGACCCCCUACGAUUCCAAUUUUAACCCUAUUAACAGUUCGGCUCAUUUCGCAUCGACAUCCAACUUGACAACGAUGAACAAGAAGAGCUUAGACCUUAUGAAGAUAACCAAGGCUGAGCCAGUGGUAAUCAAGACUCUAGCUAUAAAUGCCCCGGAUUCCCUUCGUAUUAUGUAUAUAUCUCCGACUAAGGAUGGAAGGCACUUGUAUGUCGCGAUGUGUCCCUCGAUAGAUAACGCUUCUGCCGAGCUUUCCUCGUUAAACACCAAUCAGAUGGAUGUUGACGACGAGAGCGACUUCUUUCCACAAAAGAGUUACAUGUACUGGGACCAUAGCGACACCCAAUCCGGCAAACUGAUAAACGACGAGACGCGCAGUAACGAGAGCAACACAAAUGUUGUAUUGCUCUUAUACGCCUUGGACUUCUCGGGUCCGGUAGUACAAGUGAUGUCAGAGCCGUUGGUGAAGCGAGAACUGCCUUUGGAACAGGCGCCAAUCGAACACGAACUCCUUCCACUGCAGGAGAAGCAAAAGAGGACGUCGUCCUCUCUUAGUCCUGGCAUUAAUCCGACUAGCAAUUCGGUCGCUCAGGAAUCUGUCGUUGGACAAGUCGCCCUGGUGUGUAAGGACGGCGUAGUCAGAUUGUUAAACCUAAGCACGUUGAAAAUCGUAACCGAAGCUAGGUUAGAAGGAAAGAAAUUUAUCUCCGCGACUUAUUGCAACAGUUUGGAAAGACUGUGCGUAUGCACGAGCGACGGAACUCUGCACUUCUUUGUCACAGCGGAGGAGGAAGACUCCACGGAGGAGAAGGAGGACGUUGAAGACGUGAUUAUGGUUGACAAAGAGGGUUGCGCCAACGAAAAUAUGGCUCCUAAUACGUCAACAUCGACUUGCCAUGAUCAAUUAUUGGCACACAAGACUAAUUUCUCUUACACGGACUUGCGACUCUUGUAUGAACUUACAAGAUUCGAUCGACAUUCGCCUGCAUAUAGCGCGACAGUUCCUCCAUGUUGGAGCGAAAUGAUGCAGGCCCAAAGACAAAGGCGUCAUCCGCAGCACCUUCAUCAAUCGGAAGAUCAACAUCAUACGAGAACUUGGCGGCUACAGAAUGAUACGACUACGUGGGAUGAGCACGUGUUUGAACUAACAUUACCUCGAAGCGCAUCUGGAAGUAUAGGACAUGUUGAUGUUCGAUUUACCUUGCAUUCAUUUUGUCAAGAAUUACCGACUAUCCAAAUAACUUUGUUGAAGCAAAAUAUAAAGAGAAUCGGCCAUCAGAAAGCGUCAUCCACUCCAGUAGAUGAAAGAAUAGAUUUUAACUUAGGAAGCGAUCAAAGGAACGAAAAUCCAGUCAUCACGGAGGAAUAUCAGCGUCAGCAUAACACUGAAAUCCUGUGUGGUCCUAUCGACUUGCACCGUUGCAUGGAUCUAUCAUGUCGCUCGGGAUGUGUUACGUUAACAAGCCCGAAAUUAUUUCGCUCAAAAGUUAGAACGUUGCUCGUUCAUAUUAAAGCCUUAGUAGAUCAGACCAAAGAUGGUGCAUCUGCGAAGGCGAAAGUGAAUCCAUUUGAGACCAAACCACCUACUUGUAAAAAGCUAAGGAUAUUUGAAGUACGUCCACUCGUACCCAAUAGCACUGGGGAACGACUUGACGAAAGUGGGAACAGCAAAAAAUUAGGAUGUUAUGUUGGAUGUAACUGGAUUCACGAAAUCUCGAUUACGGUAAGGUCGGUACGUCCUACCGAUAUAUCGAACGAAAGACUACAAAGAUGCGCGAUGUUGGAAUCUAAAACCUUUUUCGAUAAUCUUCUGAAUGUUGCGUGCUUACAAGGAUCUCUUGAUUCACCUGUUGUACAAUCUAUCGCUCUCGACAUUCUAGUAUGGGCAGCCUCAAUAAGGUUAACGAGAUUACGUAGCGUGCAGAAUAGUGCUGAGAUGAAAGCUCUUCAAUUAGAAACGAUACGUUCUGUGCAAGGACGAUUGUCCAGUUUGUUACGAUCGUGCCUCUUGCACGCAGGUAGAAGUAUAGCGCAUAAGUGUGUCAAAUUAAUUGUUCUUUGCAGUGGGGGAUUUUAUAAUAUAGAUGAUCCACCAGGUCAAACUUUCGAUGAGGCUAUACUUUCUGUACUAGUAAACUUAUUGCCAUCGAUCAUAGAUGUUCAGUGGGCUGGUUCACUAAGAUGGCUGCAGUUACUCAUAACUAGAUUUUUACCCUUGGAUAGAAAUCACAGCAUCGCUCAGAAAUGUGUCUCUUUGGUACAACAGAUAGCUACCGAGUUAUCCAAUAGAGUAAAUCCUUACCAUUUGCUGCUCGCGACAAGAUUUGGUUUAUAUAACACGCCCUUCGAAACGGAACUAUUCGACUUAGAACCACCGAUACUACCGAAAUUUAGUUCAACGCCAGUUACAUACGCAACGGUUGUAACCGACGAACAAACAGGCCCAUCUAUGACUUCGUCGAGUUCCGCGCAUUUGCCCAAAUUUGCUCAUUGUGCGCAUUCCAUCGAUUUGCGGGACCUGCUCACACUGCCUACGCAUCCCGCUAGUGAAUUUGUAGUGCCCAGUAAAUUGAAGGCACUAUGUACUAACCACAAUAUGAAAGGUCUUCUUGAGGUUGAACCCCUUCAUUUUACUUGCCAUGCUGCCUCCGAUGGUACGAAGAUGGAAAAUAUUGGUCCCGGUAUGAGUACAAUUAAUAUUGGACCCACUCUCUAUGAUAACACUGCGACAAACAACAGUGGCGCGUCUGAUGUCAAAAUGGUACAUUAUACUUACAACUUGGAUGCUGGAUCGCUAGGACCAGAUGUUCAGACUAAAUCGUCAGCUACAUUAAGCGAUCUGCUUAGUAUGUAUACAGGAAGAGUGCUAAAGAAGCCAUCUUCACAACUAUUGCUCACACCUGAUGAACAAUCAGACUAUGACGAAGCUAAUGACACGUCUGUCGAUAACCAGACUUGGCAUAACACACAAAACAAUAUGCCUAGUUCACAUAUAUUAAGUUCCAUUAUAACAAAAGAAAAAUCAUCAGUACAAAAUCUCGAUACUGCUAUAAAGAAAGUUGAGGAAGGCAAUCUUAAAAAGCGAGAAGAUAUCACAUUCCCAUGGGGAAGAUUGCUAUGUUGGCCACCUCAGCAAGCAUUGGUUGUGGAAAGAAUGCAUUCAGGAGCACGACGAUUCGUCAUUCUAGACUUUGGGUCACCUGUAUUGCUGACGGACCUGAUGAUUCCUUCAUGUAGUGAUUUGGUGUCGCUUUCGAUAGAUAUAUGGACUAAGAGCGAAGAAACGGACGGUACUCGACUUAUCGUUGCUGGCGAUAUUGGGAGUAAACCUCUGAUUGUCUGUGAUCUUCAGCCACCACCAGUGUGCAGAUAUCUUAAGAUCACUACAAUAGGACGUUACGGAAUGUCCACGACUACAUGUAAAAUACCGUUGGGGAUGUUUUACGGGCACAUGGUGGUCUUGCCUGGAGAGAACUACUCAGAGCUUAGUGAUUCUUUGUCGUUCGACGACAAUAUUUUUGAUCCCUCUUUACAAGCUACCAUUGAUACACAAUGUAACAUACUAUCCGCUUUGGCAGAGGAUGUUCAAUGCAGAUUCAGUUUAGCCAAUGAAAGAUUAAAAGCUUUAUUGGACCCAUUGCUGUGUUCAGAAACUCCUAAUGUCAUGCAUAUGCAACAUUAUCUUUGCUGUAACAAAAUAUUUCACGAAAAUAAUGAGCGCCCAUCGCCAAAAAUAUUACAAACAUAUCAGGAAUGUAUCAUGUUCCAACAUCAAUUAAAUAUCGUACGAGGAGUCUGGCGACGUCUGGAAUCGUGGAGAGGUUUGCAAAAUGUAUCGACUACGUCUUUCGCGAAUGCACCCAGUGAUAAGUUACGAGUCCUUGGAGAAACUUUGCUUGAUAUCCUGUUAUAUACUGUAUACGAAAUUGGUCCAGUGGCUAAUGUACCUAUGUCGCUGUAUGAAGUGUUUACUCCGACGAUUUGUGAAAAAUUUUUUCAUUCAAUAUGUGUUGUAACGCCAGCACCGCGUUUGCAACUUCACGCUGCUGCGCUUUUGGCUGGCAUGGCAGGUCAUCAACCAUGGUGGGGCAAUUUCUUGUCGAAUACUUUGAUAAAUCUUUACUCAUCAUCAUCUACUCAUGUUUUCCCACAAGAUAGAGUGUUUAUUUUAUUAACAUUCCUUGGACGAAAAUCGUUAAUGGCCGGAGCAAACAAAUCCUCAGUUAUUGAUGCCAUGGUUCGUACAUUGGGAAAAUUGCUAUCUCCUCUUACGAGUGGGCAAUCUACUAACUCCCACCGACUGGACGUCAUUCUGAUAGGCUGGGUAUUAUUGUUUCUAUCGGUAUGCUUAGAUACCACCACUAUUCAACCUCCCUGUAUGGAGGACAAUCAAGAGAAAAACAAAGAGCAAGGUUUGUUGUCUCGUUGGGAAUUCAUUCAAGGAGAAUCAGCUAUGCAGAGGAAAUACGUCAAUGCCAGUCGAUCAUCAGCUUCACGUAGCUACCGGAAAAGAUUGCAAAAGCGUCUAUUGCAUCAUAAACAACAGCUUCAUGAAUUAGAGCAAGCUAAGAAAUCUUUCCAAACGACGUCUCAGGGGUGGGCCACUCUCUCUUCUCAGGCAGCUACGUUGUACAGUAAAGUGGAAGCGACCAUAAAGUCUCAAGAACGUUACUUCAAAAAGACGUUGAAGCAGCAUUCUGCUAAGCAUUAUAAGGACAUUCUCGGCAUUCGGAGGAACGAGACGCAACAUCUUUCACGGAGUCCACGCGCUUCAGCAGCAUCUAGCAGCAAGUCAGACGUUGUAGAUUUAGAAGUCGAAUAUGUGACUAACUUGUCUCAUCAGUACGUUUUACCAGUGGCACGUGGUCUCGUCGCACUAAUUCUACACAAUACCACUAAUGUGGAUAUGUUUCUGUUAGCAUGCAAGGUAGUCGCUAGGCUAGUGGUAUCAACACGUCCUGCAAUUAGCUUAUGCGAGCUUAUGACCGAAGAACAACUCUUAAAAUUAGUCAGAUUGGCGACAGGUACGUCCGACGCUACAUGGUCGUCGCAUGCCGUUUCAUGUCUUCUAUUGGAUCUACUAGAAGGAGGACGAUUAUUUCCUAGAACGUGUCCCAUGCACGAAGGUAGUCCGACGGAAGAGAGUUUUGAAAUGGGUACAGAUGAAAGUCAUACGACUGAAGAAGAUUCGAGUAAUGUUGCGGGUACCAGCGCUUCUUCCGUUGCUACAUUAAACAAUAGCGAAGGAUUUGCUGAAGUGGACAUAGAAGAAGACGCGCAAGACAGUAUUGUAGUAACAUCUACGGCUGCCUCCACAUCAAAGUCUAAUGGCUUCUUGCCGUCCCUUUUGGAAUCUGACGACAGUGAAUUGGAAGAGUUUCUGGACGAUAUAUUAGAACGCGGAAGAAACAUGUUAAAGAAGGGUAGUACGGUAUCGAAGAUCCUGACUUCGGCUAUUACUGGCAGUAUCUCUUUGGCGAUGGAUGCACGAUUGGAAUAUGGAGUCGAAAUGGGUGUAGAAAUAUCAUUGAGGAUAUUGUCCACAGUUGGCAUGUACAAUCUACCUCACAGUAUAAAUGCACCAAUACACAUGCCUAUGGAAUCAAAUCGUCCUGGUCAACAAUCAUCCAUGCCGAAAACCGAUGCGGAUUGGGGUGAUAGAAGUCAGGAAACCUGGAAUUCUUCUGAUCCUACCCCUUCGAGUUUUUCAAUGUUAACGAAAUGUUUUGAUAAAAUGUUCACGGAUUUAUACUUGCAGCAGAAUAAUGGUAUGAAUCUGGAACUCGUUCUGCAACUUUGGUUAACACUGAACAUGGAUACUCCUAACGAACAUUCACACUCUUCUUCUCAAUUUGAUUCUUCUCUGACACCCGUAAUUCCGUUAAGUUUAGCAGCCAUUAGUAACCUUAUAUCUGCACUUUCUUGGCAUUCCGGGAUUUCUUUACGUGCUUGGUGUCUUGGUUUACAAUGUUUAACUAUCGUCUGCAACCAAUCGUUGCAAAGAUAUCAAGGUUUAGAUGGCUUCGCGACUAGCGGUUUUUGUGUGGCUAGUUGCAUUGUUAAAGAACAUAAUACUGGUCCCAUGUUGUUACGUCUACUUUCCGGGAAUGGAUUGAAUGUUAGUACCAUGGAUGAACAAUAUAUUAUGGCUGGGCCUACAGUCUGCCAAGCGUUGCACGAUUUUCUCCUUAGACUGGAAGUAAUGUGCGACGUCAUUACACCGGAUAGUUUCUUAGGUAAUUCCCUGAAGGAUCUGCUGUUAUGGGUAGUGUAUCAACUCGUGCAGCCGGGUGGAGCUCUUAUAACAAGAAGAGGACCUUUGGAUGUUCAAUGCAAGCUAUUAACGUCCGUAGUUAAUCUAAAUUAUGUUAAUGCCGAUUUAAACAUCGCCAUGAACAUAUCCGAAUGUGUUGGCGUAUUGGUUUCAACUUAUGUCAGAGGAUCCGGAGUUGGUGCGGAAUGUGGGGGAGCACUCGCUUUACCCAACCAAUCUGUUGGUUCCGGUGGUUUUGGCGGUCUAUUUGCUUGCGUACUCGGUGGCGAUACGAGACAAGGUCGCCCAGCGUCGUGGGAUACUUUGAUAGUGACUCUCGUUAAAUUAGUGUGUGUGUUUAUUCAAACUCCACUACCAGGCUCUCGUGAAAAUUGCACGGAGAAGCCUGCAGAGGAGGAACUAUCGGAGGCAACCUCGGAUCCCAGAGCUAGCACGAACGAACCACAAGUGCAAAUAAACAUUUCGCAAACAGAUGAAAGCAAAGUUGCGGAACAACAAACCUCGUUUCGUCUGCAACAGCCAACAACUAGUAAAUCUUGCGUACCUUGCCUCGCCGAUACUGUUUUGCAGCACGAGCCGACUAUGAUGCGUUUACUGAGUACUCUUGGUCAUAUUACGGGGUCCUCGUUAGCUAUGCUCCUAGGUGGAAGCUCGAGCACUGUGUCUACCACUGAACUCCGAGAUCCAGCCUCAAUACCAGAUGCGAUAUUCCUUCUUCUGACAAUUUUAACGAAGAAGGCUAGCAAUCCGACUCUGGUUCUCAAGCCUUUUUACCACUAUCUUUCCUCGUCAUGUGGAGAGACUGAGCUGGAUCGCCAAUUAGGAGUUAUGCAGUUGUCUGAGCCUCUUCUUUGGUAUAUUUUGAGAGUGUUGGACAACGUAUCAUCGUUAUCCAUCUUCACCGAGAUGGGCGGUGUGAAGGUAGUCUGUCAGAAUCUCGUGAAAUCUAGCAACAGUGGUGCCGCUAGUGCUUCCGCCUCAGGUGGAGUAAUUGCUCUCGUCAUGGAACAUUUGUCCAACGCACCCAACGUAAUGCCGAUAACGACUAGUAGCAGUAGCAGCAGCAGUAAGAAGGCUGUCAGUUCAUUGGAAUCAAACUCUGACGGAUUGCUGAACUUUGCUCCGCUCGGCACAAUCUCCUGCGCUACCGCGCAACCUCCAGAUGUCCUCAUACAGAACACCACACCUCACAAACGUGCGAGAACACCCGCGUGGUCAUAUCACUAUUACCCUGAUGAGAAAUGGGUUGACCUCACAAUCACUUUGCCGUGCGCUAUCUUGCUCAGGCAGGUGGAACUGCAGCCACAUCACUCGGCAUUAUCCACGUGUCCCUCAGCCGUGGCUCUUGAAAUAUCUAGAGAAAACAACAGUCCGGUGAUGCCUGUUUGUCCACCGAUGCCGACGGCAGGCUUAACAUACAUACGUCUUACGUUGUCUCAACCAGAAGUCGUGACUUCCGUAUUGGUGCGCUUAUACAAGCCGCGCGACUCGACGAACGUAAGCCUCAGUCAAAUUAAACUGAUGGGAACUACUGCGUUUGGUGAGAAUAAAACGAGCUUUGACAUGAUAGAUGAAGAACAACUGACAAAGACUAGCUUGGGGUGGCUGCGAUUACUGCAUCAAUGUUUAUCGGUAAGCACAUUGAACAGUAAUUUAGCUACCGAGGUGCUUAAUUCCGCCGCUUCGGUCGAAGGCCUGGUCGAAGCAUGCUGCAAUCUCCUGUUACUCCCAGCACCAUCUCUCUUUACUGCCAACCUGGAAAGGGUUCUAUUACAACUUGGUUUACACUCUCGUGAGCUUGGACUCCAUCUCAUUGGUCUCUUACUCAACAACAGGUCUACUCCUUUCUUCCAAGGGGCUGUGACAUCCCGAAAAACAUCUGUUGUACAGUUAGUCGUGGAAUUGCUUCAGCAACUCUGUUCCAUUAGAGAUUCUAGCACUGAAGCUCGUAUGAAAGCCGUUCUCGGUUGGCUGCAGACGUCAGCUACGAAUGGAGUAUUUCAUACGAAUAGCAAUCCUAAUUCCGUCAACCCGUCAGCUGUAUAUAUUCACUGUGUAUCUUCGAUCAUCUGGAAGACUCAUCAACAACAAAACCAUAAUUAUGAUCUACAGGUGCUGCUGACGGACGAUCUGUUUAACUCACUGUACCAAUGGACUCUCACUCUCGGCAAGAAUUUUGUCUUGAAACAGGCAAUUGACUCGGUUCUCUGCGCUUUUUGCUACGUGAGGCCAUCGCUGUUUCCUUUGCUUUUGCAACGAGUACGAAUCUUGGUCCCAAAUCUUGCGACGGAUCAUUCCGCGUCAAUAUCCGACGAUCGUAAAAAAAGUGAAGGGCAAACGGAUGAUAAAAAAAGCGAAAUCAACGCCGAGGAAUGGUAUUGCCGCUUUGUAUUGCUGGAGUACAAACGAUUACGUUUGACGGAGGGUCAAUUACUGACCGUUGCUGCGGCGGCGCGCUCUCCACCUGGCAUUCAGCAAUUAAUCGACUCUGGUUUCCCAGCGCUGCUAACAGCAUUGAUCACAGAUUUCUGCAAUUUGGAGAAAUCCAAACAACACCAACGGACCACAAUGGCAUCGGGUGAUAGCAACGAGAAUAAUACAACUGAAAAUGUCCGUUUUUCGGAUAAUGACGAUCUAUGUAUGAUGCGACCGGACAGCAUAGCGAUGGUGAUUGAAUUCUUAAUGCUCGUGUGUUCGGAAGGCAGGAUGCGAGACUGGCUUGGUAAAGAAGGCCGUGGUUUCUGGUUACCUCUUUUAUCACUUCUCAGCAAUCGUCCCAUUGAAAACUCGUCAGCAUCUGCAUCAAGGUGUUCAAAAAUAAGCGCGUCUUAUACAUCGCUGGAGAGCGCUAUAAUCAAAUUCUUGUCAAGAUGUUGCUGGUGUCAUCAGGCCAACCAGAAAUUGCUGGCUGAACUUUUGACCGAAGUCGUUUCUCAGCAGCGAAUGACUUCGAAUGUACGAUAUCUUCAUGGUAUUUCCGGAUUCACUCGGAGACUGAUUCUGCAAUUGCUCUUGGAAGGAGAGAAAGUAUUAGUUUCGGUGACUUCAGAAGCUCCUAUGAAAGUUAUAGCAGGAACGACGAAUUACAAUAUGCCGUCCAUGUCACCUCAUCCUGCUCAUCCGUUUGGUCAUUAUCAUCAACUGUUAUACAUGCCGACUCAAGCUACGGUAGCGGAUAUAUUACGUAAAGUAUCAGGAACUUGGUUUCUUCUAUUACUUCCAAAUACGUAUAAAGGUAACGAAGCAAGUUCCAGUGAAAAUAACCGUGUCGGUGAACCGGUUUGGCAACCCCCGAUGGAGUUGAUGGUAGAUACGCUCAGCGUGGCCGCUGGAAAUACGGCGAAAGACAAGCGGGCUAAAGAGGCGUCGAAUAGAUCUCAAGCUCGUGGUCCUAUCGUGCGAAAACCGCGUUUAAAUUCUGAUGGAACGCCGAUUACGAGCAAACCUACGACCAGCAAUGGACAAGUUCCAGUGGCGAAUCAAACCAAUACGACAAAUCAACAGUAUCUCAUACAUUCAUCUCGUCCCAACACACCUUUACCUCUUCAGCUUACGAUUGCGCAACUACUGGCAAUCGCCGAAGACAGCGGUGUAUCGUUGUCGGAACCAUAUUUACAUUUGAUCUUGCGUCAACGUAACAAGGAUUCUAAAGAGGACAUAACGAAACAAAACGACAGCGAAUUGCUGAACUAUAGGAGCAUCGAAAGUUCGCUAGGUGUGUUUAGCGCUGGCGGUGGAUUGGCGGUCUUGGCACGCCAUUUACCGCUCGUAUAUCCUGACUCCGGUAGACCGUUAUCCUUCGUAGAGAAGUCACCGUCGCCGGAACAAACAGAUGCCGACUGGGUGAAACUAGAGACUAACGAUGAUAUCUAUGAAGCCUUGGAAGAAGGUAGAACGUACACUUCUUCGCCGAAAACAUCGACGCCACCACCAUACGUGCCGCCACAUUCUCUCGCCGCUUUCGGUUUGUUCCUCCGAUUACCGGGUUACGCUGAAGUGCUACUGAGAGACAAGAAGCGAGCACAAUGUCUACUGCGACUCGCCCUUGGGGUUUCCGACGAUGGAGAAGGUGGCGAGGUAUUAUCCUCACCUUUGGCUGCCUCUUUACCGACCCUGCCGUUCCAAGUUCUCAAGCAACUGUUGGAUGCUACUCCGCCGACCACCGACGAUGGACUGCUUCUACGAAGAACGACUAUAGAGGUGGGAGCUAUGUUAUUGUUGUUGAAUUGCUUGGCGAUAUUCACGCACCAGACCGGCCAAAAUGAGCCUACUGAGCAGAGAACUGGACAGAGCAGCAGUAGUAGCGGCGUUAGCGGGGGCGGCGGAAUGCGCAACGACGAUAAUUCCCACUUAUAUUGGGCUAAGGGCACUGGCUUCGGUACUGGAUCUACGCAACAAUCGUGGAACGUGGAGCAAGCACUGCUGCGACAGCGAUGCGAAGACGAACACGUGACAGUAUUGUUGCAAGUUCUUGCAAGCUACAUCGGUUCGGGAGGCGGACAGCCUCAGCGAGAGUUACCCGCAGGAUUCCCCGACUUGCUAGCUCGUUCCUGUUUAUUACCGGCGUUAUCUUCAUAUCUGCGUAACGACUCUGUUCUCGAUAUGGCUAGACAUAUUCCCUUAUAUCGAGCGGUCCUGCAGUUGCUUAGGGCAAUGGCGCUAUCUACCCAAUUGGCGCCGCUUUUGUUGCCGCGAGGUGGCAGAUCCGGCGAACCAUCUGUGGUAUCUCUUCUGUCGAGUAUGAAAGUGUGCGUGGAUACAUACAUGCACAAAAUCAAUCGUACCAGGGGUAACAAGUCGAAGAGCGUUUCCAAAUAUCCGGACGACAGCGAGCAAGACGAAGGUUUAGCCACGUUGAUUCCCGACAUUCAGGAGAGCGCGACCAUAGUACAGAACGCCACGUGCAGAUUGUCCGGUAUCGGCGAAGAAUUACCUGGUCCGAGUCCGAUCGCGCCGGAGUUACCGUUGCGCUCCAUAGAGCAUCGUUAUCUAGAAGUGAUGAAAAAUCUACAAUUCGAUACUUAUGAAAUGAUCACCGAGAACCCAGAUGGUGGAGGCUACAAAUUCGCGGUUUCGUAUCAUUUCGAAUCGAAUAUGAGGGCCGCUGGUGAAAGGAGCCAUCCGACGCGAGUGAAGAGAUUAGCCCAGGAAGCUGUCACCCUCUCGACAGCGUUGCCUUUGUCCUACAGCAGUAGUGUGUUUGUGAGAUGCGACGCAGACAGAUUGGAUGUUAUGAAGGUACUCAUAACAGGGCCGGCAGAAACGCCGUACGCAAACGGCUGUUUUGAAUUUGAUGUGUACUUCCCUCCUGAUUAUCCUAAUAGUCCAAUGUUGAUAAACCUAGAAACAACUGGCCGUCACACUGUGCGCUUUAAUCCGAAUUUAUACAAUGACGGAAAGGUCUGUCUCAGCGUACUCAACACGUGGCACGGUCGGCCCGAGGAGAAAUGGAAUGCACACACUAGUAGUUUCCUUCAGGUUUUAGUAUCAAUACAGUCACUAAUCCUGGUAUCCGAACCCUACUUCAAUGAGCCUGGGUAUGAACGUUCGCGAGGCACAUCGAGCGGUGCUCAGUCUAGUCAAGAAUAUAAUGCGAAUAUUUGUCAGGCUACUGCUAAGUGGGCGAUGCUAGAUCAAAUACGCAACCCUUGCCCGUGCUUUAAGGAAGUGAUACAUACUCACUUCUGGAUGAAGAGGCACGAAAUCGUAGCACAACUAGAAGGCUGGAUAAGAGAUAUGGAGAUGCAUGGGUCAGAUCGUAGGUCGGGUCGAAGUAUUUCUCUGAACGCAUUAUCACUGAGAAGACACUACAGGCUGUUGAGGGAGGAAUUGAAUAAACUGCCAACACCCGAAGGAUUAGAAGACCUGGCCGAGCCUCUUCUGUCGCCAGGUUCGCCCAUCGAACUGUCAGGAACUCCAGGCACAACACCGAAUACGCCGUCGACGGUCGCAGCAUCUGCAACUGCUACCACCUCCUCCACCAUUAUCACCACCAUCAACAACAGCAGCAGCAAUACAACUAUCACCACUACUACUACCACCAUUACUACCACCACCACUACUACUACUAUCACCACCGCCACUACUACCGCCACCACCAUCAUCACUACAGUGGCUACUCCCAUCAUUAGUACUAUGGUACCGAUCAAUAGCAGUACGAGUAGUCAUGUGCAUCACGACAUUGACACGGAUGUCGAGAUGGAAAAGAUGGUUUCGAAAGUGUGUGAAUAGCUAAAGGAUGUUAAUAGACAUUGUUGGUCAUUUUGAAAA